AUGCCAGUGAUGCUCAAGAAGGCGUACCUGGUGGCCUACAACGGCUCAAUGCUGGUUGGAUGGGCGGCCAUCCUCGCAAAGAUCGUCAACCAUCUCGCGAGUGGAAAGAGCGUGGAGGAGGUGUACCCGCUCAUCGCCAAGCUGCUCGUUGUCUUCCAGAGCGGGGCCGUCAUGGAGGUUCUGCACGCCAUGGCGGGACUUGUGCGCAGCCCUGUCGCUACCACUUUCCUGCAGGUGCUUUCGCGUCUUCUUGUGCUCUACGGCGCGCUGGAGAUUGGCCCCACUGACUCUCGCACGAGCCCCUUCUUCACACAGAUGGUUGUAGCGUGGUCUCUGUCGGAAAUCAUUCGCUACGCGUACUACGCGGCAAACCUUUUAAAUGUGAAGGUAAAACCGCUCACGUGGCUGCGCUACACCGCCUUCACAGUGCUCUAUCCUAUCGGUAUCAGCGGGGAAAUUGCCUGCCUGUACAAGGCGCUUCCGUACAUUAAGGCGAAUAAGCCGUGGUCAAUGGAAUUACCCAAUCGCUACAACUGCAGCUUUUCGUGGUACAACACGGUGUGGUUUAUCCUCCUUGGAGUCUACCCAAUGGGAAGCUACGUCAUGUACACGUACAUGCUUCAGCAGCGAAGGAAAGUGCUGGGGGAGUCCGCAACGAACGACGCGGACAAGAAGAAGAAACACAAGUAA